CAGGGAGUGGGCGCCCUUUUGCUGAUGGCGACGGCCCGGCGCGCGGCGUUCGGAGGGCGGCGCAUGCGCGUGAGGGUGUCCUCGCCAUGGCGUCGGUGGUGCUGAGCGAGGCGGAGAAAGUGUACGUCGUGCACGGCGUCCAGGAGGAUCUUCGGGUGGAUGGCCGUGGUUGUGAAGAUUACAGAUGUACUGAAGUGGAAACAGAUGUAGUAUCUAAUACAAGUGGGUCUGCCAGAGUAAAACUUGGGCACACAGACAUCCUGGUUGGAGUCAAGGCAGAAAUGGGAGCACCGAAGCUGGAUAGACCAAAUGAAGGAUACUUGGAAUUCUUUGUUGAUUGCUCAGCCAAUGCCACUCCCGAAUUUGAGGGCCGUGGCGGAGAGGAGCUGGGCACUGAAAUAGCAAACACCCUCUACAGAAUUUUUAACAACGAGAGCAGCAUUGACUUGAAGUUGCUUUGCAUUGCUCCCCGAGAGCACUGCUGGGUGCUUUACGUCGAUGUCCUGUUACUGGAGUGUGGUGGAAACUUGUUUGAUGCCAUCUCUGUUGCAGUGAAGGCAGCACUGUUUAAUACCAGAAUACCCAAAGUACGCGUUUUGGAGGAUGAAGGUGGACGGGAAAUUGAACUUUCUGAUGAUCCUUUUGACUGUAUUCGACUUAAUGUAGAUAAUGUACCUUGUAUUGUUACACUAAGCAAAAUUGGCUAUAGGCAUGUAGUGGACGCUACACUUCAGGAGGAAGCGUGUUCUCUGGCUAGCCUCCUCAUUUCUGUGACCAGUCGAGGUGUCCUAACCUGUAUGAAGAAAGUGGGAAGGGGGAGUCUUGAUCCAGAAAGCAUAUUUGAGAUGAUGGAGACUGGAAAGAGGGUGGGAAAGUUGUUGCACACCUCUUUGCAAUCUGCCUUGGAUAAAGAAGAAAGUCUUGGACCAACACGGAAAAAAGUUGGAUUCCUGGGAUGAGCCUCAUUGUUACAUUGAGCAUCUGUCAAGGACUGGGUUGGUUGGUUGGUUGGUUG